CAUGUGUGAGGACCUCGCCCAGGCCGCAAAGGUGCACCUGCUGCAGUCUGUCGUGUCUGGGAUCCUGGCACAGCGCAUUUUUGGUGCCUACUUCGUGGGCCUGUCGGCUGAGCAGGAAGACCAGCUCAGGCGGACUGAGAGACUGAUGGCCUCUUUCGGGUCCGUAGAGUCCGUCAACCAAUGGCGAUCUGUCACGCUGUCGGUCUUGAAAAAGGAAGCAGCAGAGCGCAUGGAGGCACAAACUACGCAGACAACCGAGGACAUCAUCCGUCUCGUGAACCGAAUAUUAGGCGCCAUCACAACCGACGCCGCCGCCGCCUCCUCCUCCAGGACCACCAACGGGAGCACGACGAUACCAGCGGCAGAAGCGAGGGAUCAGGCAUUGCGCCAGCUGAUCAGCAGCGCCAUAGAGCUGUCGCGGCUGCUGGUGGUGCAGAGGGCAGUCCUCGAGGUCUGGACGCCCGGGAUCGUACCGUACCAGCAGACCAUGUUCGACCAGGCUACCAUGGAAGAUAUUGGAGGUGAGGAUGAGGAGUCGCUCGUGCAGAGGGAGAUCUGCUGUGUUACCUUCCCGGGCAUUAUCAAGCGAGGCGACGAGAACGGGGCACAGCUUCAAUUCAGAAAUGUCAUUUCUAAAGCGCGGGUCCUUUGCAGACCUGAAUAAAAGGAGAGAAAACCGAAACAUGAUCUGUUUGUCGUCAUUGUCGCAGCAUUGGCAUGUGCGAUGCUCCAAGCGACGAGAAGGGGCCGCCGGAGCAAUUCAGCGUGUGACCCAAAAAUACUCAUUCAACGCUC